UGCCGUGACUCGACUCCGGGGAUAUACAUGUAUUCUACGAAACCCCACGAGUGGCGUCGUGGUUGCGCUUUGGCGUUGCUCCGUUGUGCCUUCCCCCGUGGGUACGGGUCCACCCUCACCCCUGACCUGCCCCUCCUCGGUGGGAGUCAGCCGUCCUCUUGUUAAACUUGCCCCAACAAUUUUAAUUACUGAUAAUGCUGCUACAACAGCAGUUCAACAUAGAAAACCAAGUAGCACUUCGUUUUACAUCUUUUUCUCCUUAACACUGGAAAUUAAUUCUUUUUUGGAGAUUAGCUUCUCAUUUGUUUGCUCUGAAAGAUCCCGAUCCUGUGUUUAUAUGCUAUUUUAGUAGUAGGAUCCAGGUAAGCAAAAUGAAUGAUGAACCAGUUAAUUUUUAAUCACAACAAUUCUAAUUACAUCAAUUCCCUGGAGUUCUAGGAUCAAUAGGUAUUUUGAGUUACACAUUGGUUAGGCUCCUGUAUCAUCUUUUCUAUUUUCCUAUAAGACAUUUCGAUUGUCAAUGUAAACCCUUCUCCAGAAAUAUCUCAAUUUUGACGAAUCGAUUAUCGUUUGAAUCGAAUAUGACAACUGCGAUAAGUCACUUUUUGCAUUCGAUCGCCGAUGAAAAGCGCCGUCUGGAAUAUAACUGCACAAUUCCAAGUUCGUCUCAAUCGUCUGAUUUCACUUGUGUUAUUCCUACUAGAGAUAACGUCCGCAUUUGGCAUUGCGUUGUAUUAAAUUUGCGAAUUUUUUAGCGUUCCCAAACAAUGUGUUUCG